AUGCUGCGACUGCUAAGUUCCCUCCUGUUUGUGGCGCUUGCCUCAGGCUGCGGCAGACCAGUCUACCACCCCACCACACGCGUGGUCAAUGGUGUGGACGCAGUGCCCUACAGCUGGCCCUGGCAGAUCUCUCUGCAGUAUGAGAAGGAAGGAGCAUACUACCACACCUGUGGGGGCAGUCUCAUCGCCCCCGACUGGGUCAUGACUGCGGGCCACUGCGUCUCGAGCUCCAUGACCUACCAGGUGGUGCUGGGUGAGUACGACCGAGCAGAGAAGGAAGGCGCUGAGCAGGUGAUCCCUAUCAAUGCUGGAGACCUGUUUGUGCACCCACUCUGGAACCCCAACUGUGUGGCCUGUGGAAAUGAUAUUGCCCUCAUCAAGCUGUCACGGAGCGCCCAGCUGGGAGAUAAAGUCCAGCUCGCCUGCCUCCCUCCUGCUGGUGACAUCCUGCCCAAUGAGGCCCCUUGUUACAUCAGCGGCUGGGGCCGCCUCACUACUGGCGGACCGCUCCCAGACAAGCUGCAGCAGGCCCUGCUGCCCGUGGUGGACUAUGAGCACUGCUCCAAGUGGGAUUGGUGGGGCAGCACUUUGAAGCAGUCCAUGGUGUGCGCUGGUGGGGACAUCCGCUCUGGCUGCAAUGGUGACUCCGGAGGACCCCUCAACUGCCCUGCUGCAGAUGGCAGCUGGCAGGUCCAUGGUGUGACCAGCUUCGUUUCUGCUUUUGGCUGCAACACCCGCAAGAAGCCCACAGUAUUCACCCGAGUGUCAGCCUUCAACAGCUGGAUCGAGGAGACUAUGGCAAGCCACUAG